GUUUUAAAUAAAGGAGUCCUUUUCAAAUUACAUGUACAAUUAUUUAUAGUAAAAAAAGUUAAUGUUUGAAGAGUUUACACUUUACAGAGGAAAGAUACAAAAAGGAGAGGAGGUAGAUACCGACUAGAAAUAAUAAUAAUUGAGAAGACAAAAAAAUAUAGUAUGAAUAUUAGAAAAAUGAAAAAGAUAGAUUUAUGCAAAUGGCGUCAAAAGGAAGAAGAUUGAGUAUGGUUUACGCAAAACAAUUUUUUAAAAAAAUAAGGAAAUUAAUAAAGAAAAGGAGUUGUUCAUUUCAUAUCCUAUCGUCUACUACCUUAUAUAAACAUACCAUCCAUGUUUCCCUCUUCCUACACCGCACACUGUCUUCCUCCUCCACCUCCUUCUGUGAUUUAUCUCUCCACUUUGUUUGGAACUAUGGAUAAGGUUAAACUUGUAAAGAAUGGUGUUAUAAGAUUACCACCUGGAUUCAGAUUUCAUCCCACUGAUGAGGAACUUGUGGUUCAGUAUCUCAAGAGAAAAGUCUUGUCUUCUCCAUUACCAGCUUCCAUCAUUCCUGACUUUGAUGUUUGCAGAGCUGAUCCUUGGGACUUGCCUGGCAAUAUAGAAAAGGAGAGGUACUUCUUCAGCACAAGGGAAGCCAAGUACCCAAAUGGGAACCGGUCUAACCGAGCAACCGGUUCGGGUUAUUGGAAAGCUACCGGUAUUGAUAAACGGGUUGUUACCUCUAGAGGAAAUCAAAUCGUUGGUUUGAAGAAAACACUCGUUUUCUACAAAGGCAAACCACCCCAUGGCUUAAGAACCGAUUGGAUCAUGCACGAAUAUCGUCUCUCUUCCUCUCCUCUGAGUUCAAUGGGUCCUACUCAGAACUGGGUUCUUUGUCGUAUCUUCCUUAAAAAGAGAGCCGGUAACAAGAGCGACGAGGACGACGGAGAUAACCGGAAUAUUAGAUAUGAUAAUGACCAAAUUGAAAUAGUUACAACAAACCAAACCGAAGAUAAAACUAAACCAAUCUUCUUCGAUUUCAUGAGAAAAGAAAGGACCACGGACUUGAACCUUUUGCCAAGCUCUUCUUCUUCCGACCACGCUUCAAGUGGUCUCACGACGGAGAUAUUCUCUUCUGAUGAAGAGACCAGUAGUUGCAAUAGUUUCAGAAGAAAUCUUUAAUUUAAAUUUAAUGUUGACUAUCUUUAAUAACUCUUUUAGUAAUUUUAUAUUAAUACCAUUCUGCUUCUUCUUUUUUCCCCUUUUACUUGAAAACGAGUCUUUGUCCUUUGUUUCAAAUCAUUUUUUUUUUAAACAUAUAUUUCAUGAACUAGUUGAAUUUCAUGAAAAAAUGUAUCAACUUUAUUACAAUUCUUGUCCCAGACGAUCUACCAAUUGCAAUAAAUAUGCGUUAGUCA